AUCUUGAGCUGAUCUUGUUCAAAAGUUGUGCAAGACUGUUUGUGGCAAGCGACCAACUACACAGACUAUGCAAUUAUGUAACAUGCUCUAGUUGUGCUCCCUUCGUGGAGCAUAUGAGCUGUAGCAAUGCCUCUUGCUGAAGUAUUCUCCAAUCUUGGGGAUAAUCAGUUUUUCGGAGCUGGAUUUGGCCUGGCAAUUCUCGGUAGUAGUGUUGCCCUGUUGAAACGGAGCAGUGGCUUGGCUUACCAGGUAUUUCAAAGAUACUAUGUGGUGUGUAUGGAAAUCCCCAACACAGAUGUUAGCUAUCAUUGGCUUUUGCAAUGGCUUGCGAGAAGACGAAUGCUAGGUUCCCAGCACACAUCUGUGCACACGAUUUUGGAGAAAACGGACGAUGGACGUGUCAGCUCCAGGUUUAAAUUCAUGCCAUCGACCGGUCUCCAUUUUUUCUGGCAUAACUCACGACUGGUACGAGUGGAGCGCAAUCGUGACUCUAAGAUGUUAGCUGGCACGGAACCGUUUGAGUCAGUGACGCUGCGGACAGUGGGCCGCGAUCACACUGCAUUUACAGAUAUGCUGUUGGAGGCCAGGAAUGCAGCCAUGGAAGAAACAGCCAACAAAACAACCAUGUUCAAGGCACGUGGACACGAGUGGCAGGUGAUUGGCACGCCGAGAAGGAAACGUCCCAUCGAAUCGGUAGUUCUAGCAGGUUCCCAAGCCAACCGCAUUGUCCAGGACGUGCAGGAAUUCCUUGAACAACCUCACUGGUACGAAGAACGUGGCAUACCGUAUCGUCGCGGAUAUCUCUUCCAUGGUCCUCCCGGUUGUGGCAAGAGCAGUUUCAUUGCAGCUCUGGCAGGUGCUGCAGAUCUAAGUAUUUGUGUUCUGUCUCUGAGUAGCAUGUACCUGUCGAAUGAUGUACUCGACACUCUGCUUAGCAAUGCACCAGUGAAAAGCAUCAUUCUCUUGGAGGAUGUGGAUGCAGCAUUUGCAAAUCGGCAGAUAGAUCCUAGCGACAAGCGCUUUGUGGGAAUGCCGAGCGGUGUGACGUUCAGUGGCUUGCUGAAUGCACUGGACGGCGUUACUUCCAGUGAGGGUCGUAUCCUCAUAAUGACUACCAAUCAUCCGGAGAGGCUGGACCCAGCGCUGAUCAGGCCAGGUCGUGUGGAUGUACGUGAGGAGUUCACCUACUGCACCAAGGAGCAGCUGUGUCACAUGUAUGAGCGCUUCUACCCCGGUCACCAGGAGCUCUCGGGGAAAUUUGCUGAUGCCAUCGCAAAGCACGGUGGUCAAGUGUCACCGGCCAUGGUUCAAGGGUUCUUCUUGCUACACAAGGAAGAUCCAAGCGGUGUGAUUGACAGUAUACCGACGGCACUAGACGCCAUUGCACAGGUACAGCACACACAGGCCCAGCACACACAGCACACACAGGUAUAGCACACAAAGUAGUUCUGUACUUUUGUUUAUGACUGCUAAUCUGCUUUACAGUAUGACAUACCAUGACGUAUUUUUUUUUUUAUGAGAAACCACGAACCUCGAGAACAGAA